GGAGGAGCCGCUGGCCCUGCACCCCGUGAAGCUGUAUGUGUAUGACGUGUCCAAGGGCAUGGCCCGGCGCCUCAGCCCCCUCAUGCUGGAGGUUUGUAAAAGUCUGGUCGAGAAUGUGUGCGUUUCCAACUGCUCUUCGGGCUACAGAUAUAAAGGAAGCUCAUGUUUUGAUUAAAGAUUUGGAAGCAUGAAUUAGAAAUGCAACAAGAGAGUGGUUUAUACCUGCUACGUGUAGAUUCUGGCCCGUGUUAGACCAGCAGUCUGUGUGAGAUGAGGCUGCUGAACAGACUCGGUGUCUAAACAGAUGGCUUCGUGUAAUCUUGUUUUACAACUUGUUGGCAUUCACUUCCCUCAUCUGUCCCACGAGGAGAUUCUGUGUUUUCCUGCAAGCUUAAAAUGAAAGACCAGAGAAUUCUUAGCAUGAGGCUUCAUGCACAUCAACAACAAGCUUACAAAGCCAAGAAGAAAAUAUUAUAGAGAUUGUAUAUGGUGUGCUCCGUUGUCCAGACAGCAACGGCAGCUCUGAGAGGGAAACAGCUGGAUGGCAUCUGGCACACGUCCAUAAUAGUCCAUAAGGAUGAGUUCUUCUUUGGCAGCGCGGGAAUCUCCAGCUGUGCACCAGGAGGGACAAUUCUUGGGCCCCCAGACUCAGUUAUUGACCUGGGGAACACUGAAGUCACAGAAGAAAUUUUUCUGGAAUAUCUUUCCUCUUUGGGGGAAUCUACGUUCCGACGAGAGUGUUACAACCUUUUUGAAUGUAACUGCAACACCUUCAGUAAUGAAGUGGCACAGUUCCUGACAGGAAAAAAAAUCCCUUCCUACAUCACUGACCUUCCAGCUGAAGUUCUUGCCACACCUUUUGGACAAGCUUUAAGGCCCUUCCUGGACAUCAUCCACAUGCAGCCACUCGGAGGAAAUACCUUCAGCAGACAUAAUGGACAGAGCUAACAGGAGCGACCCAGCGUGCCCAGCCUCGCCAGGCCUCUUCCUUUUUAAACGUGAAUCUACCAGAUCUCUAUUUUAUAAUUUCCCAUCUGAAUUAAUUCUACAGAAGCUACAAAUUUCAAAAUAUCCUAGGGAGAAGAUUUAUCAGGGUGCAUGUAAGAUGAUGCUACCAAAAAGAUUGCCAUUAUUUCUAAUAGUAUUAUACUAAUUUAUAAAGGCUGUCUUGUCCGAGCAGGCUGACACUUUCUAAGUAACUCCUAUGCUGGUAAGUGGGUAAGAUGAGUAUUCAAGGGCCCAUUACACAAUUUGGAGUAAAUGAGAGGAUGUCCUAGCCAUCCCUUACAGGCUUGCAUCUCUUUCUCCUGUCACUGCCUAUAUUGUGGGAGUAUUUCCUGAAGACUGUAGCAAAAAGACAAAGUAUUGGUAACAGAGAAAGCAAAGGUGGCCCACAAUUACUCUUCUGGAUAAUUGACAUUAUGUUACCUGCUCAGGAGAAAAGCUGAACUCAUCUGAUUAGAAUACUUGCAGUGGCACAGCUGUAUGGGAAAGGUGAUCAAGCUGAACUGUGUGUCAGCAUCAUACUCGGAAGCUGAAACUUUCAGUGGGACUAGCUGCGUGUAGGAGGGAGGCUGGAACUGAAGGUUGCCAAGAGCCUCACAAUGCUAGGUCCAGGAGUUAUGGGAAAGAACCAGCUGAAAGAGCAGAAUCUCAAGAGGAAAAGUGGUGGGAACAAAUUUCAGGUGAAAGUGAAAUGGGGUGAAAUGUUUCCUUUUUGCACAUGUGAGCUUAUCAGCAGACAAAACCUUGUUUACUAUUUACCUUUGCAUAAGCGCUAGUUUGGGUUGGUUUGGGUUUUUUUUCUUACCAGCCAGAGUUAGAGCACAGUAAAGCAGGAACAGUGUGGCAACUGCACAAUAGUACAAGGUGGACCAAUUCUGCCUUCAGUACCUAGUUGCAGACACAGUAGAGGUUCCAGCAUUGUUUGAUAUCACUGUUCUUUCCAAAGCAGACAAGCUCAUCACAGGGAGGGCUUUUCCCAAGUACAAGAGAAAUAGGUGGUAGAUCUCCUCAAAUGUAAAGAAAAUGAGAUUAAAAUGAAGCUUUCCUAUGGAACAACUGAGUUUAUUGGGAGACAUGCAGAAGCAGUCGUGUCCUUAGAUUGACAUUAGAUUGCAUCAAUAGUGCAUCUUCUAGUUUAAGAUCCUUUCAGCUUUGCAAUUAGUUGCAGUGGAAAACAGAUCAGGGGAAUGAAAGAACAGGCACACUGAUUUCUUUUCGUGCAUGAAUAGACACUACUUUCCUGAAUCAUUUUGUAGUAGUUACAUUUAGGAAGGAAGAUAAGACAGGCAUUGGACAAACCCCUAAACAUUGCUGAUGCUCCGUAAAUGGAGAUUGUGCAUCACAGAUGCUGUUGAAAAAGCAUCUGGGCAGAUGUAUAGCCCUUUGUCCAGUGCUUUGUUAUGAAAAGUAUGGCUGCAAGUUCAGUCUUGCAUCUCAGACUUCCUGCACUGGAAAUUUCUUGCAUGACUAAAGGAGAUGUCUUUCCUCUGCUGGGCCUUUCCUCACAGAAUAAUACAGUUUGAUAAGUUUCUCACACUGUGAACUAUAAUGGUUCGUGUUUUUUGAGGGGAUAAAAUGGAGGAAAACUGCACUUGAGUCAUUCUGUCAAACACAGUGUUGCCCUGCACAUUGUGGAGUCACUACACAAGCAGAAAUGGGGUACUCUCCACUUUGCAGUUUUGUGUGAAGCUACUCUGAGUGCACAGCAGUGGCACUGGAAGCCCAGAUUGGUUUUUUCCUUGCCAUUCUCUGCUUGUGCCAUCGGUUUCACCUUUUCAUUUGAUGGACUGGACUUGGAGACAACUGUAGCUGUUAGCACAGAUCAGUUCAUACAAAAGCUUUCAACCUUUCCCUGUCAAAAUGUCCUGUUUGCAGAAAGCAUUAUAAUGCUAAAUCACUUAUGAAUGCCUUUUGGUGCUCCUGGAGGAGGGAUGGGUGAAUGUUUGCUUCCUGCUAAGCCAUAGCUUAGUUUUCCUCUUUAGCAUGUCUAUCCUCUCCAGUCUUUUCCCUUACUUAUUCUGUGAAGAGUAACCAGUCUCUCAUCUUAACACACACGACUGUGCCACAAAACACUGUAGCGUGUUAGAGAUUUGGAGCUUCCUCAGUUGGACAGGUAUGCUCAAGCUGAUACAGUGCAGCCCAGCAUCUAGGUACACUAGUUUGGGACCUGGAAGCAGCACAGCUGUGGUGGUUUGUCUUUCUGUAAACUACCACUUCAGGCACACCUGCCUAUGGUGAAACCACUGCCCCACACUCUUAUACAAUGAGGAUAUAUGUCCUAUAUGUCCACCACUUCAGAGGUCCUGAGCCUGGUUUCUGCUUGGCUGCCUGCUUCAGCACUUUUUACAUCCUCUCAGGAGGCAGGAAGGAGAAAUGUUUACCCCCUGUGUUUUGUGAUUUGCCUUUUUGCUUCCCGAGCAGCUCCUUUGCAGAGCUAAUGCUGCUACUUGAAAGUCACUGGAUAAAAUGUCACUUGGCCAUAUACUGUUUGCAAUAGCCAAGGAGCUCCUGAAGGGUUUCCUGGACUGAAGAUCUAGUGUGUUUUGUGGCAAAAGAAGUGUAGGAGGGAAUCCUGUUUGCUGGGUCAUACUGAGUAACAAGAGCCCAGUACCCUGUAGACCUCUUAGGAAACCCAUUUUCUCCAAAGAUGGCCAAGUAUUAAUUGCAGGACUGUGUCCCCAACAUUCCACCCAGCCAUACCUACUCACAGGAGUAUAAAGUAGGCUUAUAAGUACAUAUAGGUGAUGAACUUCAGCUGGCCGAUCAACAAAGGGGCAGGGAAACUGAGCUCCUGAAAAGGAACAGAACACUUCUGCCCACACUUAAUAUUCUGUCAUGUAUUGCUGGGGUUCCCUUGUGCCAUUUCAAAAAAAGCUGUUAAUACCAUCAUCAGGCAGGAAGUGAUGGUUUGAUUUAUUUGUUGGUUAAGGGUUGGUUGGAGUUGUUUUCUAUUACAAUAAAAAGAAAUCCAGCAAGGUU